AUGUCUUCUGAAAAGAGAGCUGACAUCCCUGAUGAUGAAGUCCAAUUGGCACCUCCCCUCAACAGGAGAUCAAGAUUGAACAAGCGAUGGGGAGAAACCGUGGAUACCAAUUUCACAGAUUUAAUUUGCCUUCUUCUUUGCCUGAACACCGGAUUAUGUGAUAGUUGCGCAUUCAAUGCCUGGUCCUGUUUCCUUGCUAUGCAAACCGGUAAGAUGCCAGCUCUUCAGAUCUCUCGCUCCAUGAUGAUCAAGCUAACGAUCCCAGGAAACACCAUUGUCCUCGGACUAGGCGCUUCCCAUCAACCACUAGGAGCCCCCAAUGGAUGGGCUCGAUCUAUCGUAUCAAUCGCAGCCUUCGUUAUAGGCGCUAUGACCUUCGCCCGAUGCACAAAGGCACUUGGAGCCCGUCGUCGUGGAACACUCUUCCUCUCAUUCUGCUUCCAAGCACUCCUGAUCAUUAUCGCAGCCGUCUUGAUCCAGACAGAUGUGGUUCAAACUCAGAGUGGAAGACAGUUUACGUUGGACCGGCCACUUCUGACUCUGGUUCCUAUCGCGCUGUUGGCAUUUCAAUCUGCGGGUUCCAUCAACUCAACUCGCAUGUUGGGAUUUAAUGAGAUCCCCGGAGUCGUCUUGACUAGCGUGUACUAUGAUAUUGCGUCGGAUGCUGGGUUAUUUGAUGGGAUUUCUCAGAACGCGAAGCGCAAUCGUCGGAUUGGAGGGGUUGUGAUGCUUUUGACUGGGGCCAUUGUGGGAGGAUGGCUAAGUCGUACGGAGGGAGGUAUGGCGUUGGUGUUAUGGCUUGCGGCUGCUUUGAAAUUCUGUGCAGGAGUUGGUUGGUUAUUUUGGACUCCGGCUUAA